UCAGUCUUCAUUUUCGACCCGGUCGCAAACUUUCUAUGUUAUCAGCCCUCCGCUUCCCAUCGCCAUCGCCAUCGCUAUCACCGUCGCCGUCGCCAUUGCUGCCACUUCUAGCUUCGUCCUUAUUCUAUAUUAAUUGUGUAAGACAGCCCUACAGUAAGGUAUCGCACCUCCUAGAUUGCUACUAUAAUUCUCUUUUUCUAGGCAGUGUACCUAGGAUCUAUAAAAGCUCGCUUAAAGUAGCUCUUAUCCUUAGUUAAAGCAGUAUUAUUACGCUGCUUAGUAGUAAGCUUAUUAAGUUAGAAGAGCUAGGCGUUAAAGAAAGCCUUAUUAGUCUUAUAGACUUA